AUGGCAGAUGGAUCAAAAGAACACAACGAGGAAACGACAGAAAUGGCUGAUCUAUUCCCGGAAGAAACAGAAAACAACCGAGAGAAAGAAAAGCCAAUAACGAUCGUUUCUUUUUUCGUUUUUGGCUUCCUGAUUUAUGCGAUUUAUUCGCUGAUCAUAUCGGGCGCUCAAGAUAUUCUAGCUGGCACGGUUGUUCCCACAUCCGCUGUAUUAGUCGCGAAUGUUGGCCCAUAUUUCGUCGUAACAUCUGUAGCACCGUACUUCAUCCAAAAAGUCUCUUAUUUUCCUCGUAUAUUGGCAAUUUUUUGUCUAGAGGUCACCGGACUAAUCAUGGUUGUUGCUUCCAAGCAAGUUGGCGCGAGAUUAUUCGGAAUAUCCCUGUCUUCAUUUGGUUUUGGCUUGGGAGAGUUAUCGUUUAUUGCCAUGACUUCCUUCUAUCAUGACGCCGCUGUCAGCGCCUUUUCGGCUGGUACCGGGGCUGGUAUUUCUUUAGCGCCAUUGUAUUACACAGGUAUCUUAUUUCAUGAAACUUUGUAAUUUAAUUUCAAAUGUUUUUGUCAUUCGUAUCGCAUUUGCAUCUAGCCUUUUACAAAAUCGGCGUCCCCUCGUCAGGGAUUCGUGAACCAGUAUGUUCAAGUUUCAUGACCUUAGUACGGCUGAUUGAAAUAGCGUUUCGAUUCCCAAAGAAGUUAAUUUUUUGCUUUUAUAUUUGGAUUUCAGUGGCUACCUCUUUGCUUUGCAAUUUUUUUGUUUCCAUUGCUGAAAGCAAUUUGAGUAUCUGCAAAGUGAGGUUUUGUCGUGUCGAACAUCAUUACUUAGCUAAAUAGACAAAGAAAGUAAAAUUAAUUUUCAAGACACAGCUGCCUGCAACUCAAGCUAAUGAUAUUCAUGAAAUGGGAAUAUUGGGCCAAUUUCACGAUAGUUAAUUAAAGUAAAUUUCACAUUUUUCUUUCGUAAAAUUCGCUAUCUCCCUUAUUCUAUGACCACAGAGAAAUAUUUUGAUGGUAAAUUAUCGGGGGAAGAUGUUUUAAAAGCACUGAAAGUCUCUGCAUUUUAGGUUAAAUUCUAAGCCAAGAGAACCGGGACUGGCAACCAUUCGUGACGCCAGUCUUGUGUUUGGCUUUAAUUUGCGUUUAAGGAGCAUCUUUUUCUAGCUAAAAUGCUGAAAAGUGCAUAACCUGGAAUUUUCUUUAACUGUUAUAAGUUUUUGGCCGUCCGUAAAAAGAACUUAAGUUUGACUAAUCGAUUCCUUUUUAAUUCACAGCCAUGACAACUUGGGCAUGUCUGUCUCCAUCUCUUACUAUCUCAAUCAUGGCGGCCAGUUUGAUUUUCUUGCUGAUUUUCUAUGGCUUAAUGGAGAGAAAACACUCACAAUGCGAACAAAAGACCACAACAGGAAUUACGCGGAAGGAAAUUCAAUAUUCACCUAUAGACGAGCAGACCAUAGAACGUAAAGAUAAUCAUUUGACAUGGGACGACAAAUUAUUGGCUAUAAAAGGAGUUUGCCCGAUCAUUGCUUCUAUAAUCAGUGCAUGGAUCGCAGAAUACUUGAUCAUCCAAUCCGUGAUCACGACUAUAGCGUUUCCUAGUGCACCAUUUCCACCCCGAGAUCACUACCAGUAUUAUAUAUUCGUUUUUCUUUUCGGUGAACUGUUCGGUAGAUCUUAUCUGAUAGUGGCAUCGUAUUUGACGCCAAGCGUUGCUCCGAAGCUUAUUUUCCGGAGAAUAUGGUUCCUUGCCGCGGCUGAAAUUUCUAUUUUAGUUUUCUUUUUAUGCGCGGCAUGGUUCCGCUUUUUGACUGAUGUUUCAAUAGUUUUAAUUCUUGCCUUCAUUGGUGGCAUAAUAAUUGGUGUCAUGUAUGUCAACAUGUUGGCAAUUUACUCCGAAAUUGAGGAUCCUACUUCCAGAGAGUUUGUGUUAGGUUAUGCAUCUGCUGCGACUGGCGCUGGGGCGGUUACUGCUGGCUUAUUAGGAUUGCUGGUCGAGCCUUGGCUGCGCCGUCAUUGUUUGAGUGUGGUAACCAAUAGCAACUUCUGUUUCACUCGAUCCCAGGGUGGACGAGUUUGUAGAUGAAUUAGUCAGUAACUAUAAACAAGGACAAAAGGAGGUCUGUAAUUUGUACAGGUCUUGACUCUUGCAGUGUAACUAAAAUAAGGAAUUUGUUGUAUAUACAAUAAACUAUCAUAAUUAAUGGUUAGAUAUAUCGAUUCCCCUAGAGGACAGUGGGCUUAAGGUGCGAGUGUUUUUGAAAGUGUGAUUGAUUGUGACUAACGGGUUAAAUUUUCCAUUCAGUUCCAUUGUUCCUUCGUUCCACUCUCUUUACCGAAGUUAUAACCAAAAAAUCAUUUUUAAAGUUGAAAAUUAGACCCAGGCCGUAAAUAAAGUACUUGUGUGUAAAUAUCGGAUAAAUAACCGGCGAACCCCACCUAAAUAAGUUUCAACAUAUCGCCGGAUUAACUUCGCCGGAUGGCAAUUAAAUUAACUAAAGUUAAAUAAAUAAGGAAAUUUAUAGCAACGGCAACGACCAUGUCGUCGAAAACUUCGCUAAUAAUCAAUCUAAGUAGAAUAUUUUUAAAAUACUUAUAAGAGUUGAACUGAAAAAUAAAAGGUGUGAAAUGAAGGCUUACACGGGACAAUACCUCGGGGUGAGGAAACAAAUCCAAAGUGACUUAAGGUGGCUGAACACAGUUUGAUUAGGUUGUGCAUCGUUAACAUUCAUUAGGGCGUUAUUUAAGACUCGUUGCAUGUGUAAAGCUCAAAUUUUUGCACGAAAAAAUAUGUUUAUGAGACAUGACAUUUAUAGCUUUAAAAGUGGGAUUUGGAUCGUUGUCAUGGCUACAUGGCUGUUUGAAAACAAUCCUUUGCUUGUCUGUAGAAAUUCCCAUGAUUCAUAUCGGUCCUUGUACAUGGACCCUUCUUGUUUUGUCCGAACUGGUGGACAACCGCCACCUGCUCCAACUGUCAUUGUUAUUAUUUUCUUCGACGAAAAUGUCAAUUAUCAUCGGAAGACUAAAAAAUAUAAGGUAAUUCGUCAAUUGCAUUCAGAUGUGUCAGUUUGCUUGGAAAUCAUUGGAAUUAAAACCAACACAUUUGACCCGUGGAUCAUAUCAAAGGAGGCACCAUUUCUCAUCUUGGAUUUGCGGAUUAAGAAUCUUCUCUCGUGAAGAGUUGGCAUAAGUGAGCCCUUGUUUUAUUAGUAAGUCUUUCUUGUGGCCACCAGGAUGUAUAACGUAAGCGAUCGGAAUGUGAUUCUGGACAAUCAAAAUCAGUUUACUAAAAAUUUGCUGCCAUGACGUGAGCCGAGCUUUUUACCUUAAGAAAUAUUGCCUUUUUUAGUGAAAUAUACGUGGAAUUUGGCUACGAUUUUGAACAUUAUUUAAGUUUAUAGAUUCGAAUCAUCGAUCAAAGGAAAGGAGAGCAAUUAUAUUAAUAUCUUGGUGUAAAUCUACGACAGACGGCAGGUCAAAAUGGAGAACUCUUCAAACAAAUUCGAAGGAACGGAAGAUAAGCAAAACGACAAAGAAAUACUAAGCCACGAAGAACAGGAAAGUAAGGGUAAUGGAACUCAACAACCGAAAAAGGAACGAGUGAAGAACCUCUUAUCUUUUUAUGCAUUCGGAGCGCUCAUUUAUACGGUUUAUUCGGUAAUAAUUUCAGGAGCGCAGGACAUAUUGGCUGGAACUUUUAUUCCUACCGCUGCCGUUUUGGUGACAAACGUUGGUCCUUACUUUCUAGUGACGAUGAUUGCGCCCUAUUUUAUACACAAAGUGCCUUAUGUUGUGCGAAUAGUGGCAGUUUAUGUAUUUUUUACAGCAGGUCUGUUUAUAAUUGUCUACGCCAAGGAGGUCUACCUUAAGCUAGUGGGAAUCUGUACAACAUCAUUAGGAGCCGGAAUUGGGGAAGUGUCGUUUUUUACCCUUACGGCUUAUUACGAGAAAGUAACGGUUGCCGCAUAUUCGGCUGGUACUGGCUCAGGAUUUAUACUGGGACCUUUGUAUUACACAGGUAAGGCACUAAUGUGAUAUUUUUUUUACCCUUUUAACCAUAAUUUCUCCAGUUUUGGUCGCAAGGCAAACGAUAUUUUUCCCUCACCCGUGUGGGCAGAGUCCACCAUUUGCAACGAGGGCUGCCAUUGGCUUUAAGAAACCAUAGGCAAAGGAUCCAAACUACACCCCUAAUCUCAAGGUGGUGCCCCAGAGGGCUGAGGGCGGUGCAGGUUGUACCGAAAAAUAAUAAAAAUAGAGAUGUAUAACAACUACGAGUAUACCAAACGUUAACCACAGCCAGCAAUCUUGGAGCACAUUUGCAUUUUCCAGUCAGGCCAAUUCAACAAAGCGGAUUGCUGUCUCUUGUAUAACUUCUUAACGGAAGUUUUGCGGGGUAAAGAAGUGGCAUUGUGGGCAAUUCAAGCAGCAGCAGCAUUUCUUAAAGUCCGUUUUUGGAGUACUGUCAUUCAUCGUCUUGACUUGUGAGCUAGACAGGGGUGGGGGCGGAGGGGUUCUAAGGACGCUUGCCAAAUGUCAGAAAGAACUGGUGACCAAGCCAGUAGUGCAUAGAAAUAAGCUAAUUUGACUGGGAAGUUCUGCCAGUAAUAAUAGUAGAAUUAUCUUUACGAAUGGACUAGUCCUGACAAGAGAUAACGCACUUGAACAAUAAGCGCACAAAGACAGCCUACGUCGUGUAAUUAAAUGCACAAGUCCUAGAUGUCUAUCGAAAAGCGAGUAGGAUAUUUAUUGCAUCAUUUUAAACCUUUUAACAUUAUUCGUCUGCACUGGUUAAUUUAGGUUAAGUUUUUCCGAUGAAUAACCUGUACUGUGAGUCGGGGUGAAUUGACUCAGUUUGCUGGUAUAGAUAGAGUACGCGGAAAAUUGGCAUUAGGUCCUAGUAGUCCCGAACGCAACCCUCUACUGAAGAGACCGUCUUCCUCUUAUUUUUCCACAGGUCUAACAACAUGGAGCUGCGUGUCACCAAAUAAUACUAUGAUGAUUAUAGCUGGAUCUCCUCUUCUUUACCUCAUAUGUUAUGCCAUUAUGGACAAAAAACAUUCUCCAAAGACUGCGGAAUUAGAUUCCCAGUCUGACGAGACUAAAGACAAAACAGAUUUAAAAUGGAAAGAAAGAAUUUCGGCCGUUGGACAGACGCUUCCGUUAGUAAUAUCUCUGUUUAUCUGCUACAUUUCCGAGUAUGUGAUAAUUCAAGCCGUGAUUACAACAAUGGCUUUUCCAAGCGCUCCAUUCCCCCCGCGUGUUCACUACAGAUAUUAUAUUUUCAUAUUCCUGAGUGGUGAGUUUAUCGCUAGGUCGUAUCUGGCUGUCAUUGCGUCGGUCAAGCCAAGCCUUGUCAAUGUCUUCGCUAUUCGGAAAAUAUGGGUUUUGUCUUUGCUCCUGUUUGGUCAACUAGUAUUUUUCUUUUUAGCCGCAUGGUACAGAUUCUUACAUGACGUCUGGAUCGUUUUCAUUUUAAUCUUUGCCGCUGGGCUAGAAGCAGGCGCGGCCUUCACUAAUGCGUUCGUGGUGGUUUCGGAGACUGAUGCUCGCAUCAAAGAAUUUGCGAUGGGUUUUGCGACCAUCGGAAUGGGGGGUGGGACAUUCUUUGCAGGAGUGGUGGGACUUCUCAUAGAGCCACUAAUUCGGGAUCACUGUCUGGUGGUAUCUGAAGUCGGUGAUUAUUGCUUCACAAGACCGUUUGGUCGUUGGAAUCAAACAAUGACUUGCUGA